ACACCAAACUUUCCUCCCUUCCAUUUCUUCAAUCCUUUUUUCUUAUCUUUUAGAUUUACGAAAUGGUAGUUCAGUCUCUGCCCUCCGAGUACAGUUCCGUCCUAUCGCCGGAAAACCCUAGCAACAAGUCAAGAUCCAGUUAGAGGAAGGUUCCUCGCCCAAGGACAACGUCUCCGGACAAAGGAGAGGUAGUGCCAGACAUCAAGCUGCCAAACAAAAAGCUGACAUGGAGCUUCUGGUAAAGCGGGGAGUGGACCUCCUGGGUAAAAACGGAGCAAGUUGCAGAAAAAAGGUCAAUAAGAUUAUGGAAAACCCAAACAUAAAUCUAAAUGGUAUCGAACAACUUCCUGAGAUUUCAACAUAUCAGACUGAACCCAAAGUGAACACAGAAAACCCAAACCUAAAUCAAAAUGGUUCCCUACAACUUCCUCGGAGUGAACCCAAGAUGACUGCGAAAGUAGCCAAAAUGGUGCAACGAGCUGCCAAGAUUGCUAAGGGACUAGAUUCCACUAGCGCUAUCAAUGCUCCAAAUGUUGUUGAGAAGAGUGCACCUAUUAAGGUGAAGGAGACUUUGAGGUUGUUCAACAAGCAUUACCUUCACUUUGUUCAGGAAGAGGAAAUGAGGUGUGCUGCAGUCAAAGUUAACAAGAAACCCCAGAAGGGCAAAAAUGCAAAGAAAGGAGAUGUACCUGAGGUUGAUGUCAAGGGCAAGACCAAGCGACCUGACCUGAAAGCAAUAUCAAAGAUGAUAGAGAACAAUGAGGUGCUUUAUUCCGAGAAAAGGAUAGGCUGCCUUCCAGGUAUUGACGUUGGUCAUCGGUUUUAUUCUCGUGCUGAAAUGAUUGCUGUUGGUUUUCAUAGCCACUGGUUGAAUGGUAUUGAUUAUAUGGGACAGUCCUACAGGAAAGGGGAGUAUGAACACUAUACAUUCCCACUUGCAGUUGCUAUAGUUUUGCCAGGCAUGUAUGAGGAUGACUUAGAUAAUGCUGAAGAUGUAAUAUAUACUGGACAGGGAGGACAUGACCUGACUGGUAAUAAGCGUCAAAUACGAGAUCAAGUUUUAGAACGUGGUAAUCUGGCGCUCAAGAACUCUGUGGACCUUGGGGUGCCUGUUCGAGUAAUUCAUGGUCAUGAAUCUGCUAGCAGUUACUCUGGAAAAGUGUAUACAUAUGAUGGCUUGUACAAGGUUGUUCAGUACUGAGCAGAGAAGGGUAUUCUGGGUUCACUGUUUUUAAAUAUCGAUUGAGGCGUCUUGAAGGACAACCAAUAUUAACAACUAACCAGGUUUACUAUCUGGUCU